AAGCGGCCCAUACACGCUCAAAUUUUUUGUCAAAUUUUUUGAUGUCAAAUUAUUUGACAUGAAUUUGAUCGUGUGUGGCAUAAUUUGAUGGCCUAAAAGGUUUGAUGUCAAAUCUUUUAAUCAUCUGAUUUCAGUAGAUAUUUUUUGAUUUGACAUCAAAUAAUUUGUGCGUGUGUGGCAGCUAGCAAUAGUUUGCGCAAAUUAGUUAGUGAUUGGACAUAAUCAGAGGAGGACGUGCACGGCUCAUCGUCAUCAUGGCUCCAUCGAAACAGGAAAAGAAAUUUCUUCUUGAGCUUAUUGAUGUAUAUAGAAGUUUACCACAACUUUGGAACGUUAAAAGUGACUGCUAUAGUGACAGAAAUAAAAAAGAAAUGGGUUAUGAGACUCUGUUACAGAAAUUCCGUGAUUAUUAUCCGGAAGGGACGAAGGAGGAGCUGAAGAAGAAAAUCAACUCACUGCGGACGAGCUUCCGAAAAGAAUUAAAAAAAUUCAAAGACUCAAGCAGAUCUGGAGCAGGAGCAGAAGAAAUUUAUGAGCCGUCAUUAUGGUGUUUUGAUGCUCUUUUUUUCCUGAUUGACACGGAAACACCGGCUUCUUCACGAAGCACAAUACAAUCGAGUGAAGAGGGACAAAAUGAAGAGAUUGGCGAUGACCAGGAAGGCACAGCCAUACAAGAAAGGGUAGAUGAAAGUACGAACCUACACACUGUUCCAGCUCAACCUGCAAAGCGUAAGAAAUUGGCAAAGUUUUCUAAUCGCCAAGACGAACUGAUAGGCCUAGCAUGUGAACAUCUUCAGAAACCUGAAAAUGAAUUUCUCACAUUGGCUAAAGCUUGGGCCAAUGAUUUAUCUAAAAUGGAUCCUAAGCAAUUGUUACUUGCAAAGAAGGGAAUAAACGAUAUUAUCUUCGAGGGACUUUGUGGAAACCUGCAUCGACAGUCUGUGCAGAUAAAUCCCAUCCCACAACAAACUCGAUGUUGGACACCAAGUAGUGAUACCAGUGAAUAUGCACCAAGUCCCUAUGGGUCUAAUUCCAACCCACCCUUCAGCAGUACGAUGGUUCAUCACAGUGAUUAUAGAGAUGCUGUACCACAACAAUACCCAAACAUGGCUGCAAGGAACUGUACACCUAUGUCACACAGUUCGGUGACGGAUAAUUCGGGUAAUGCUGUAGAUGGAACAAUUGAUGCAGGAAAAUAUUUUGGUAACUUUAACCCAAAUGCAUAGGUAAAAUUCAUAUGAAUGAUCCAAAAGACACUAAUUUACUUUAUACGAGUAAUGAAUGUUUUAUUUUUGCAUUAUAUAUUUUUGUCAGAAUGAGGUACAUUUGAACAUAUAUUGUUCAUUUAAGAAUUAUGUAUUUACGUUUAUUUAGUAUAUUCUUCUGAAUCUUUUCAUUUUGUUAUCAUUCACACUAAUUUACUUUAUACGAGUAAUGAAUGUUUUAUUUUUGCAUUAUAUAUUUUUGUCAGAAUGAGGUACAUUUGAACAUAUAUUGUUCAUUUAAGAAUUAUGUAUUUACGUUUAUUUAGUAUAGUCUUCUGAAUCUUUUCAUUUUGUUAUCAUUCACACUAAUUUACUUUAUACGAGUAAUGAAUGUUUUAUUUUUGCAUUAUAUAUUUUUGUCAGAAUGAGGUACAUUUGAACAUAUAUUGUUCAUUUAAGAAUUAUGUAUUUACGUUUAUUUAGUAUAUUCAUCUGAAUCUUUUCAUUUUGUUAUCAUUCACACUAAUUUACUUAUACGAGUAAUGAAUGUUUUUUUUUGCUUUACAUAUUUUUGUCAGAAUGAGGUACAUUUGAAUAUAUAUUGUUUAUUUAUGAAUUAUUUAUUUAUGUUUACUUAGUAGGCCUAUAUUCUUCUGAAUCUUUUCAGUUUGUUAACAUUCUUCUCGCACAAGAAUAUGUUUAUAUAAAAUUUCAUUUCAUUAUUGUUAUUCAUAAUUUAGUUCACUAAUAAAAAUGCAUUGGAAAAAUCAGCAUCUUACCUUUAUGUACGACUGCAAGCAUGUGUUAAUGGCGUUGCAAGUAUCUAUAACGAUACCACCAAUGGCUUGAGGAGAAAUGGCACUCAGGAAUUUCAGGUCUUCGAAUGUGUUACCAGUAGCCAAGAAGCGGAGAGUUAUUGAGAGUCUUUCAAAUGGUGAUAUCGCACUACGCAUAACUGUGUUUUCUUUGGUUAUGUAUGGUCUCACAAGAUCUAAUAGUUUGUCAAAUGAUUCUCCAUCCAUGCGAAGAAAGUUCUUGAAAACAUCAGGUUCACUAAUUCUUAAUUCAUUUAAUAAAGGAACAUGGCCAAAUCGUUCACGACACAGAUACCAUUGCUGGGCCCACUUUCGUCUCUUUCGUUUCUGUGUGCUCUUCAAUGCUAAGCCAAGAGCCAACGCUGUAUAUGCAUCCAUGAUGACACUCGGGAGCAAACUGAAAAUUUGAUGAGAAGUUUGAACGUGUAGGGCGAACGUCAAACCGUCAAAUAAUUUGACAUCAAAAAAUUUGACAAAAAAUUUGAGCGUGUAUGGGCCGCUUAAGAGAG